AGCCGGGAACGUCCAGGCGAGGAAGAAGAAAACCCAGCCACCAAUUGACGUGGCCGCUUCUGCAGCCCAAGGGCCAUCCAACGUGUUCCUGAAGAACGCCGACAGUGGAAGCGUGGCUUGGAAGAGCACAUGACGGGGCCCAUGUUCGCGGAAGAAGAAGCGAGCAAGACCACAACCGAAAAGCCACGGCGCCGUAGAAAGAUCGCUGUGUGGGAGGGCAAGAGAAUCUACAACUCCGGCGGCAGCAACCAGAACGCGAGCACGCCGAGGCCGGCGGCCACGACCGCACGAGAGACGCAAGCGCCCAACGCCGUUCCUUCGAGCACCGAGAGGAUUCGGCCUCUGGCGACUACGAGCCGCAGUGACGGCGACGAUACCAAAGGGGCGGGUAACAGGAAAGCGACGCGUAGGACUACUCGGCGUGUCAUCGCGACGGCAGCGAAGCGGCGCACACGCGCUAUCGUCACGUUAAGCGACCAGAACAGGCACUUCUGCGAGACGAAGGUGUGCGAGAGGGAAUCGGUGUACCUCACCAGCUACCUAGACUGGAGUGUGUCGCCGUGCGACGACUUCUACAGCUUCGUCUGCAACCACUGGAAGAACUUAUAUCCUGAAGUGGGCUCGUCCGUCGACUCACUGCUCGUGCAGAAGGUCGAAGAGGACGUCUAUCGCGCGAUGACGUCGCAGGCGAGGACCAACAACAGACUCAUCAAGGCUCAAUCCAUCAUCAGUGCGUGCGUGCACAGGCCCUUUACUGAGGGCCACAAGACUGCGCUAGUGGACUUCAUGGGCGAUCUGGGUUUGCGCGGGUGGCCCUUCCAUCGCGACACCAAGACGCUCCAUGACGUCUGGAAGAGCACCAGUCUCCUGCUGCGGAACCUCGGACUGGCCGUUCUGGUUUCGGUAAAGGUGGAGCCUGAUCCAGAGAACGAAGAGCGGUACAUUAUCGCACUCGGCGAUCCGGACGUGCUGAUCGGCCAGUACGGCAGCCAGGAAAGCGCGCUGCCCGAGUGGUACUCCAUGGCGGUAACCAGCUGCUUUAAGGUGUUCACCAGCGGCAAGUAUGUGGAUAUCGCACGGCGGGUACGCGAGUUCUCCGCCCGACUGGCAGAGGCCGCCACCGACCGCGGAAGCGAGGCGUUCGCUGCAAACCGCUUCAAGCUGGUGCAGCUCAAGCACCACGCUAACCUCAUACAGCUGCUCACCUUCCUGUUCAGCAACAUCACUGUUGUACACAGUCGCAUGAAGGUUCUGGUGAAGACCGAGGCGUAUUUCCGCGACCUUCGCAACGUGCUGCACGUCACCAAAGGCGUGGACGUGCUCAACUACCUGGGCUUCCGCGCACUGCUGCACAUCUCACCACUGCUGCCGGACCAGGCACUGGAGAUGGCCUCGCUGCAGAUGAAGCAGCUGACCGGCCUGCGCCGGCUCAACUGGCCCCGGUGGCGCCGAUGCAUCCGCAUGUACGAGCGUGUCACGCCCGCCGUAUUUCUGCACGCGUACGCCGACGUGCGACAGAACGUGCCGAACAAGGACAAGGUGUGGAGCUUGCUGAACGACAUCCAGGCGAGCUUCGUGCUGGCCAUCAACAGCGCUCCCUGGAUGAGCAUCGACGACAAGCUUAUGUUGAAGGACCGCCUGUCGCGCAUCAAGAUUGAAGUGUUCCACAAGUUCGUGGCCAAGCGCGGGCACAAGCACUCGCCAUCUGAGUUUGUGCCGGACGUGCAGCCCGGAAACGUCAUCACCGUCUACAGGACUCUGGCUAGGCAGCUGAUGGAACGACGCCUUACGAGAAUCAAAAUGCGCCGCGAUCCAACGGUGACCAAGUGGAAGGGCUCGGUCUUCGAUACGGUGCCAAAGUUCGACAGGGACUCACAGAGCAUCUUCGUGCCCAUGGCCAUGUUCGACCCCGCGUACAUGAACGACCCGGAGUCUAUGCUGCUGCAGCUUCCCAGAGUGGCGACCAAGGUGAUCGGCGCGCUCUUCGCCGGCAUCCACUAUGGCAACUUCCCGCAAGGCAAGUUGCACUGGUCGGUGGACACCGAACUGGGCUACCACGACGUGCAGAAAUGCCUGCAGCGAAACUACGCGGCUUCAGACGCAAACGCAGCGUCCUCGGUGGCCGGCGGCGUGAGGUUGCGCACAGAAAAGACAACGCAGUUUGAUGUGCUGGAGAGCUUGUCAAUCCUACCGGCCUUCAAGCUUUUCCUCAAGCACGUCAACCAGGUGAACAUCGAGGACUACGGCUUGCUGACAGGCCUGAACAUCACUGUCAAGCAGCUCUUCUACAUACUGUACACCAAGGGGUUGUGCGAGACGACGGAUGCGGCCAGGCGCCGGGAACUGGCCGAGGAGUCGUUGUUUCGGCCGCCGUCAGACCGGGCCAACGGGCCCCUGAGGAACUCAUUCAGGUUUCCCACUUUCUGGGAAUGCGCCAGCGACUCGCCCAUGAAUCCGAACCAGAAGUGCACCAUAUGGACGUCGUAACCGCUCACUAC